AUGAGUUUUGCGACGACUUUUACUUCCUCUCGUUGUUCGCUCUCGUUGAGCGGAGGUUCUUCGAUGAACAUCCUCUCUUCUUCGUUUUCUUCUCACCGAGGAGAACGAGGAUGGGUUUCGCAUCAAAAGAAUACCACUACUACGAAGAGUACUCAUGGAAGAGGGAAGAAUUUGACGGCGGCGGCUUCGUGUGCUUCGUCCAAUCAUCGUCAUCAUCAUCCGACGACGACGCGAGGAAAAAACUACUUUCAAAAGAAGAGGACAACUUUGAACGAGACACAUGCAACGGUGAAUGGUUUAAACGCGAUCAGAGGAGCGAAGAAUACUCACUCGAGGAGAAGACCGCGAGGGGGUGGUUCGAGUGCAACGAUCGUCGGAAAAAGCUUUUCUUCUUCGCAGCGAGAAGAACGACGAACGACGAACGACGAGGACGAGGACGAGGACGAGGAGAUGUUUGCUGAAGAGACCGAAGAGGAGGAGAACGACAACGUUUUGAUGGAAGCCCCAACGUCGAGAAGACAGCAUCGAGCGUCUGAAAAAGAAAACCAAAAGCCGAACAACAACAACAAGAUGUUAACGAAGAUGAACCAAUCGGACAUAACGAGUCAACUGUCGAGAUUGGACGACGCGAAGUCGAUAUUAGAAGUUGUCGAAGAGAAAUCCGAGCAGUUCAGCCCGAAUAACAGCGUGCAAGCGUUACACAGAAUAGCGGUGUCCUUGACGACCAGAGCAGGGAGGUUACGGAGGAAAGAAGCAAAAUUCGUGUUGGCGGAUGCGAGAUUUUCUGUUUUGUUGGACUGCGUGGAGACGCACGCGAAUAAACUGGAUAAGUUAGGUUUGGAAAGACGGAAGUGGUCGUACGCGAAGUUGGCGUUACCGAGCGAGUAUAGGAUGCGCGCGGCGUUGAGCGUGAGACUGUUGGAUCGGGCGAAGGAUUUGCAAGGGGAUUUGAUGGAUGCCACCGACGCAGGAUUUAUUUUAAAUCGAGUGGAAGAGCAAUACGACGUGUUUAAUAAAGUCAACGCGAGCACUGCUUUGCACCGAUUGGCGAGGGUGAUCACGCAACCGAACUUUGGGAGCAAUAAUAAUAAUAGCAAGAAACGAGCCGCGAAAUCGCGAACGGUGAAAUCGACGACGGUAGUGAACACUUUAGGAGUAAGCGGCGCAACGACGACGGCGUCAGAACGAAAAGAAGAAGACGAAGAGGAAGGGAACAACAGCGACGAAGAAGGAGGGUACAGACCCGUAUCCACGAAAAAAGAACUCCUAGUCGAUCCAAGAUUCCAAGCUUUACUGGAAAUGUGCGAAACGAAAAUUCCGGAAAUGUCUCCGCUGGGUCUUUCCAACGUCUCGUGGGCUUUAGCCAGGUUAUUCCCCGACGACCCGACGAGAGUGAAAUCGUUGCUCUCUGCCAUUUCCAAACGAUCCGCGUUGCAAAUGAAGUACGCCGACGCGAAGUGUUUGUCGACGAUUUUGUGGGCCUUGGCGGCUUUAGGAUUUGAGCCGAGAUCGAGAUUGCUCGCCUCGGCGCAGCGAAGAGCGUGUGAGAUUGAGGAAGAGUUUCGAGCGCCAGAUGUCGCGAACGCGCUAUGGGCUUACGCGAAAUGGGCUCGACUGUUUAGUGGCGGCGUAGGCGCUUUAAAAGAAUCCGUCGAUUAUAGCGAAGACGAAAGCGUGGACGAAGGUAGUUCGAAAAGUUACGGCGGCGAUCGAGCGGUGAUCACCUCGCUUUUGCGUCAAAGCGAAGCGGUGAUGGAAACGUUUUCCGCGUACCAGUGCGCGAACAUAUGCUGGUCUUCGGCGACGUUGAACGCGAAAUUGCCGGAAACGUAUUUGGAAAACUUGCUCGAACGCAUCGCGAAGGAAUCCGAUUCCUUAGAUGGGGUCGCUUUGACCCAUGCCGCCUGGGCGGUCGGCGUUGUCGGGUCCCCGGUGCACGGCGAAUCGGAUGCGUUCCAAACGUUGAUUUCUGCUUGUGCCGAUCGCGCGGCAAUUGAGAAGACGACCGAGAACAAAGACGAAAACCGAAGAAGAAGAGUCUCUAAAGCUGGUUGCGCGGGCGCGUUGUGGGCGUGCGGCAGAAUCUGUUUCGAACCGUCGCCGGAAGAUUGCGAAAAGCUGAUGGUGCGUUUGUUCGACGGGGAAUCAAACAAUCUCGACGCGCAAGCGUUAGCGUAUGCCGUUUGGGGAAUUUCAACCAUCGAAGACGUCGAGUUGGACGAGCGACGACGAGAACGCGUCAUGGCGAGAUUGAAAGAACUGGUCGAAAAGGAAAACGUCGGGCCGACGCACGCGGCGGCGUUUCGAGCCGCCGCGGUCGGUGCCGGUUUAGACGCUUCGGCGUUGGCGGAGACGCUCAAGGUGCCCGCGUAA